AUGGUGUACAUGGGCGCGCUGGGCGACGGGCGGCGGGUGGCGGUGAAGCAGCUCAAGGUGGGCGCCGGGCAGGGCUACAAGAAGUUCCGCGCCGAGGUGGACAUCAUCAGCCGCAUCCACCACCGCCACCUCGUCACGCUCGCCGGCUGCUGCGUCACCGCGAACCACCGCCUCCUCGUCUACGAGUUCGUGCCCAACAAGACUCUCGAGCACCACCUGCACGGUCAGCUGCUGCGGCUAGAUCAUCAUCAGAUAGAGCUCGAUCGAUCGGUUUCCUGCAUCCAUGGAGCUCCGCCGGUUAGAUUCUCGAGCUCCGCCGGGGACGGCGCGUGCACGGCUUGUAGAGGGGAAGGAUGA